CUUAGAUAAUGAACCGUGACUUUUAUUUUGUAUUUCACUGAGUGUUACUUUUGAUUCUUCAUCGACUGACGUCGGCCGAUCGAGCAGCCGACGACACGCACCGAAAGGUCACAGGAAAGGAAACAACAGGAUGGCCGGUCGCGUUUGCCGUUCUUUGCUUACCAAAGUCCGUGUAAGUGGGGUGAGGGCAUUUAGUAGUGACUUACGCACAGUAACACUCAUCCCCGGUGAUGGUAUUGGACCAGAGAUCUCUGCAGCAGUGCAAAAAAUAUUUGGUGCAGCAAAUGUUCCAAUUCAGUGGGAAGAAGUCGAUGUAACCCCAGUCAAGGGACCAGAUGGUAAAUUUGGAAUUCCUCCUGCUGCAAUUGAAUCUGUUAAUCGCAAUGGAAUUGGACUGAAAGGGCCACUCAUGACUCCCGUUGGCAAAGGCCAUCGCUCUCUCAAUUUAGCUAUUCGUAAAGAAUUCAGCCUUUAUGCCAAUGUUCGUCCAUGCAGGAGUAUUGAAGGGUAUGAGACGUUGUAUAAUGAUGUAGAUGUUGUAACUAUUCGUGAAAACACCGAAGGAGAAUACUCUGGGAUAGAACACGAAAUUGUGGACGGUGUUGUUCAAAGUAUUAAGCUGAUCACAGAACCAGCGUCUCGUCGUGUGGCAGAAUAUGCCUUCCAGUAUGCUCGCAACAAUGGAAGGUCUAAAGUCACGGCUGUACACAAAGCAAAUAUUAUGAGAAUGUCAGACGGCUUGUUUUUACGUUGCUGCCGUGAAGCUGCGGAGAAGAAUCCUGACAUCAGGUUUGAAGAGAAGUAUCUGGAUACUGUCUGUCUAAAUAUGGUACAAGAUCCUUCCCAGUAUGAUGUUUUAGUUAUGCCAAAUCUGUAUGGUGAUAUUCUGUCAGAUUUGUGUGCAGGUUUAGUUGGCGGCCUAGGUUUAACUCCAUCAGGAAACAUUGGUGAAGGGGGAGCGGUCUUUGAGUCAGUCCAUGGCACUGCCCCUGAUAUUGCUGGCCAAGACAAGGCUAAUCCAACAGCACUUCUCCUGUCUGCCGUUAUGAUGCUUCGUUAUAUGAAUCUCUACAAGCAUGCAGAGGUUAUUGAAAAAGCUUGUUUUGACACAAUAAAGGAAGGUAUUUAUCGCACAGGAGAUCUAGGAGGCAAAGCAAAAUGCUCUGAAUUUACAGAUGAAAUUUGUAAAAAAAUUGAAGCCCAUUCCGAGUAAUGUGGAUUGCGUAAUUUUUUUAACCACUGUCAUAAAAAUAUUGAGAAAGUAGUACUACUGGUAGUAAAUUUAGGGCAAUAAAAGUUUAAAACUUAGAAAUAAUUUCUUUGUUGAGUUAUCUAAAUGUGGGAAGUGGUAGUAAUUACAGUUUUCUUGGCAGGAAUGAGGUUAUUGAUGUAACCAUAUAUUUUUUUAUAAAAGGUAAAUUUAUAAGCUUUUUUUUUGAAGGAGCUUGUGAUCUCACUAGAAGGUAGGGAAGUUCAGUUGUUACAGUGUUUGAUAGGGUUCCCUAUUUCAGCUCUAGUAUUCUCCCUUCAUUUUGCAGCCCUGGUGGCUGUCUGUUACUCACUAGGUUACUUUUGAUAAUAGUGUUUCUCUUAGUUUUGCAAGGAGUUGAAAUAUGUACAGUUCUUAGUAUUACAUUUCAUAUACAAGAUUUCUUAUUUUUCUCAACAAAUCAAUAACAUUUUUUCUCAAAGACUUAGAAUUGAGGGCCUUCUAGUUCGAGAAAUUUAGCUUAUAUGUAUUUUUUUUUUCCAGUUUUAUAGUAAAAGAUUUACAUGGUUACCUGUUGCACAGUUAUGAUAUGCACUUGAACCAGUGGAUUCCAUAUGAAAAGAAAUUGCCUACCUAAACUUAUUCAGCUAUUGAAUUAUUGUAUAUAAGUGAUGUAUUUAUGAUCUUGUAAAUAAUACACAAGAAAUAUUA